AUGUCGACCCCCACUCUCAUCAACCUACCACCUCCUCCUUCGGACCCCGUCACUCCAGAUAUGGGACCUGAAACAUGGAUGACUGACCUUGGGUGGGGUGGUUUGUUGGUGGGCAGAGGCACUCCCAAUUCCGGCACGACUUCCCUAUCCGCACUGUCAACCACUGCCAUUAAAGAUGGUCACCAGGGUCAUCCCUUUCCGCACGGCCGACACGCUCAUCAUUCCUCUACAGCCUCAACCUCCUCUACAAACACCCUUGAAGCGGAACGCGCUGAUCGUAUCUCCCGUCUGGCUGGUCUAGAACGGGUCGCAACCGCUCGAGCUGGCGGCCAGUCGCCCUCCAAUGCCGCAUUUCCAUUGUCUCACACACCCGGCUACUUUGAUGGCCUUCCAGCACUCAAGGAACGGAGCACCGUGGGCAGUGCGAGCGCUACGGGUAGUGUCGGUGGCCACACGACCUGGGCGAGCGGGAGUGAAGCUUUCGAUGCCGAUAAGAUGAGCGAGGACCCCGACGAUGGUGUUUCCAGUAUAAGCAAUGUCAGUGACGAAGGCAAUGCUAGCCUGGUAGGUUUCGGCGAGGGUGCCAAUAGCACCAUCAGCGGCCCGACCUCGCGUCCUACUGGCAUAAAUCGAAUGUCAUCUGGUGGCACCAGCGGCCGCCCGACUUCCAUGGGAAGCUCAAAUGUCAAUCGUCCAAACCCGAUUACUUCUUAUCUUCAGCAGCAGCAACAGCAACAGCACCAGCAGCAGAUCCCUGCCGGUGAUCCUAUGAUGUCACCUUCCCCUGCUGGAUCGAGUACCCCUGAGCCUCUCUCGGAAGAUGCUCGUAUGAUUGAUGGCAUGACCUUUGAUCAGGAUGUGGUUGAUACUGCUGCUCGUACGCCACGGAUUGUCACACCAUCCAAUCAAGGUGCCAGUGGCUUUGGGACCCCAAGCCGUGAAUAG